AUGUACGAGGUUGAUCGACUUCGUGAACUUUCUACAAACAAUUCUACGGCUCGGAAUCCUAGACUUCCCGAAAUGUUUGAUAUCGUUCGGAGUCUCCUUCGCCAGAACAAGCAAGCCAAGAAGAACGGUUACUUUAUCCUGAUUGAAGGCUCGCGCGUUGAUCAUGCCGGUCACUCAAAUGACCCCGGUUCUAUGGCAAAAGAGACCAUUGCCUUCGAUGAAGCCGUGGCUGUGUGGAUCAGUCAGCGUGCAGCAGUUAAUUGGACAACAAUGGGUCACGUUGGCACAGACGUGAAUCUGUAUUGCAAGGAACCGCCGACUUUCGAGCGGAUGUGCAAGGGUAUCCAUGAAAUCACGUACGUCAACAAAAUAAUAGCAGUUUAUUUGGGGCUACUUCACCAGCAGGAGCUUGAGACGCUAAAACACCGUAACAUUGCAGUGCUUGACAACCCGAUUGCUUUUAUAGACUGGCGCAGUUGGUAG